AAAGGCCUAUCCGUCUCCAUCGGAGUUUACGCAGCUGAUAACCCUACGCCAAAACCAAGGAAAAAUAGACCAAACAUAUGCCGUAUAAAUUGAGUCAAUACAAGAAAGGAAAAUAUACUUGCUAACUGGAGGAGAAUUCUACCAAAGGGGCUUGAAAUCGGAAUAACAAGGUGUCCAGUGUCAAACACUACCCGAUGCCUGUUGAAGAAGGAGAGAGACAAGAGGAUCUCAUCGGACUACUAGUGAGGACCGAUUUAUAGGAGAUUGACGAGCGAAAAUUCUCUACACAUUUAUGUUCUGUUUUCCACAAUAGGAGGACAUUUUAUCAGGAGAGGGAGGCUCAUUUUUUAAAAGACAAAGCGGAGAGAGAGGAAGGUUCAGGAACACGUUGUCCUCUCUCUAGAGAGGCCCCUCUUCUCUUUUCACCCUGUUUGCCCAACACGGAGAGAUCCACACAGACAUGGAUAUAGCGGCUGAUCCACCUCGGUGGAUGCACCACCACGCCGUGCUGAACGGCCAACACCCGGAUUCUCACCACCCCGGCCUUUCGCAUAACUACAUGGAGCCCACGGCGCAGCUUCUGCCCCCGGACGAGGUGGAUGUUUUCUUUAACCAUCUUGACUCGCAGGGAAACCCGUACUACCACAACUCCGCUCAUGCACGGGCCAGAGUGUCCUACAGUCAAGCUCACGCUCGCUUCGCUGGGGGUCAGGUCUGCCGGCCACAUCUCCUGCAUAGCCCGGGGAUUUCAUGGCUAGAGCCCGGCAAAGCAGCCCUAUCAGCGGCCCACCAUCACAACGCAUGGGCGGUCAGCCACUUCAGCAAGACCGGGCUACAUGCCUCAGGCUCCGGGGCUCAUGGUGGCCUAUACCCCUGCAGCAGCAACGCCAGCACGGCCUCGGCCUCCUCGUUAACACCCGCGUCCCAUUCGAGUCCACAUCUCUACAGUUUUCCCCCUACCCCGCCGAAAGAUGUCUCCCCAGACCCCGGGGCCGCCUCACCCUCAUCCUCUACCCCGAGAAUGGACGAGAAAGAUUCUAUCAAGUAUCAAAUGUCAAUUUCUGACGGCAUGAAAAUGGAGGGUUCCAGUCCUCUCCGGAGCAGCCUGGCCUCAAUGAGCGCACAGACCCCAUCCACCCACCACCCCAUACCGACCUACCCCACAUACUCUCUCCCGGCAGCGCAUGACUACGGGGGAAGUCUCUUCCACCCUGGCAGCCUGCUCGGAGGAUCAUCCUCCAGCUUCACCCCGAAAUGUAAAAGCAAAACUCGGUCGUGUUCAGAGGGGCGUGAGUGUGUCAACUGUGGAGCCACUUCUACGCCCCUGUGGCGACGGGAUGGUACGGGCCACUACUUGUGCAACGCCUGUGGACUCUACCAUAAGAUGAAUGGUCAGAACCGACCCCUCAUCAAGCCCAAACGCAGACUGUCUGCGGCCAGACGAGCCGGCACCUGUUGUGCUAACUGUCAGACCACCACCACCACACUGUGGAGGCGCAACGGCAGUGGAGACCCCGUGUGUAACGCCUGCGGCCUGUACUACAAGCUGCACAACGUGAACCGACCUCUGACCAUGAAGAAGGAAGGGAUCCAGACACGCAACCGCAAGAUGUCCAACAAGUCCAAGAAGGGCAGGCGGGGCAACGACGGUUACGAGGAGCUCUCUAAGUGCAUGCACGACAAGUCCUCUCCUUUCAGUGCUUCCUCCCUGGCUGGACACAUGACCCACAUGGGCCACCUGCCCCCCUUUAGCCACGCCGGACACAUGCUGCCCACUCCCACACCCAUACACCCCUCCUUCGGCCACCCCCACCACUCCAACAUGGUCACCGCCAUGGGCUGAGCUGGGGAGGAUGGGGAGGCACAGGGGAUGUGUAGAUUGUUCCGUUUUCUAAUGGGGGUUGAGGAGCGUAUAGGCCUCUUGCUUGAGGACAAUGUGUAUAAUGUUAAAGACAUGCAUUUGGUGUGUCUAUGUUGAUUGUCUUGCUGUAUAGAGAGAAUGUAAAGGGUACGGGGGGUAUGGGGGAAC